AUGACUGGGAUGGAUAAUGAAUGCAGGGUUCUACAGAAACUUGAUAUCAACAACGUUGUGAAUGCGAAUGAGAAACUGGAUUCUGCCAAGAACGAGUCUUCAGAAGUGAACAGAGGAGGUUUAACUCCGUUCAAGCAACAGGAACAGACUUCCAGUACUGAAAACACGCCAAAGGAACCCCAAACUGCAACUGGUCUUCCCCCUCCGCCGCCCUCUUUAAAUUUUGAAAAUUCGACUGGGCCCUUUUCACCCCAGGUGCAGACUAAGCACUGUGUGGUAAUCAACCAGAUAGACGAUCAGUUAGCCGACUUGGAAAACAAAGCCGAAAGCUCUGGUUCUAGUGAGCUAGGCAGUGGAGUUACCUCUCCUAGUAGUAGUCUUUAUCUCAGUACUACUGCUUCCCCGAAUCGCAAAUACGGAACCGUUUCUUCCAGUGAAAAUAGUCUUUACUAUUCGGUCUGCGGGGACUCCCAAAACUCUUUAGUUGAAGGAAACUCUUCAGGAGCCGAGUCCGAUUGGAGUCUAGACGCGACUGUGGUUCUCGGCGAAGUAGAAGAUCAUCUCGUGUCAGGAUCUGAAGAUACCAUUACCGACGUUGCGACACCUGUGAACUAUAAAACUAGGAGCUUCAGGUCUUCUUUAGAAGGGUCGGGAUCAACUUGUGGAAGUGAAAGUAACGAAAGACGAUUCUUUGACAAGACUUCAGCUGCAGAUUGUACUACUGUUCUUUUUAACGUUAACGAGCGGUUAAGUUCGGUCAAAAAGAGUUUCCCACACGAUUACUCUCAAUCACCUUUGUUGCAGUUCAAAAGUUCCGAUCAGGUUGAUUUCGAUACUCUUCCCACUUUUGAUUCUCCACUAAGACGUCCGACAUUUUCUCUAGGAAUUCCUUCUACUAGGUUACCUGUAGAUAAACCAUUACUUCAACCACAAAGAUCCCAAUCUUCCAGUGACAGUGAUUACAGUUCCCUUAAGCCAGAUUCCCAGUUUGAGUUGCGUGAAAGCUCAAAAAUCGUUUUAGAAGAGUUUGAAGAACCGAUUAGCAACAAGUCAGAGUCGGAGCUUGAUUCUUCUUUCUUUGGUUCUGACCCGUUCUGUGAACCAAACAGUGUGUCAGAGGAGGAUUCAAAUAAUAAUAGAACUUUUGACCGGGAAACUGCGGACCAAGAAGCUUUACUUCCUUGCCUACAAGAAGAGUCGUUUCAGACUGGUGCUAAUAGAAAAACUGCGAUAAAAGAUAAGAGCGAAGAAGCAAUCACAAGAAGUGACCAAGUUGUUCCGAGUCAAGUUAUUUCGCAACAAGCAGGACCAAUCAAAAUGGCUUCAGCGUACGACAAUGAUGAUGACUUUGAUUUUGAGGCAGUUGCCGAUCCCUUUAAAUCAUCAAAUAAAAUGAUGAUGGACUCCCCGCCACUCCCACGCAAAAACAACGCGGGUGUGGAUUAUGACAAUAUUGAUUUCGAUGCCAUUGAGAAUCCAUUUGCAAGCAGUAAGAAUCUCAUGCAAGACUCGCCACCUGGAGGAUCCCCCGCGCCAAUUGAGUCCUACAACCCUGGUUCUUUAGAUGCUCUUGAAGAGGAUUCCUCGGGUCAAGCUUCAGAUCAGCUACCAGAAAUGAAUGGAUCGGCCACUAUUACUCGGCCAUCGGCUCAUUCGAAGACAAAAACAAAAACUCCACCGCACAAAGCGAGGCGUAGUGCCAAUACGAAGCUGUCAUCUGAGUCAGAAUUGAAAGCUAAAUUAUUAACUGGAGCGGGAGAUGCCGCAACUGAAAAUACAAAUGGACUGGAGGAUGGCAAAGAUUUGGCCAAAAAAGCGCCUCCUCCUGUUCCAAAAAGAGCUUCUUCUUCUUCUGCACAAGCCCAACCAGACUCAAACAGUGCAAAAAUAGUAGCCCCAUCAGCAGUAACAGCUUCCGUAGUUCAGACUACAGAACCAACUCAACUCAUUACGUCAUCUGGGGAUACCUCUUACGUCACAGAUACUGAACAGUCAUCCUACUCCAUCAUACAAGGGGAGAAUAACCGAACACAGAAUGAUUCACAUGAUGUCGAAGAGCAAGCAGAAGAUGAGGCAUUUCCUCCUCCCCCAAAAGACGAGGACUUCCCACCCCCUCCGACAGAAGCAUUUCCAUCUCCGCCUGCAGUCGAGGAAUUUCCUCCUCCCCCGGCCGAGGAAGAUUUUCCACCGCCUCCGUCAGACAAUGAGUUAACUUCUGAAGUCAAUCCUGAAACAGCUAACGAAAUUGGUGCUAAUCCUCCGUCACAAGAACUAGAAGAGGCCAAACCCUCGGCAGGUUUUGACAACGAGGACUUCGAUUUCGAAGCAGUUGCAGACCCUUUUAAGUCUUCCAAGAAAAUGAUGAUGGACUCGCCUCCCCUGCCACGCAAGAACAACACAGAAGGCAUAGAUUACGAUAAUCUUGACUUUGAUGCGAUUGCGGAUCCGUUUGCAAGUAGCAAGAACAUGAUGAGUAGUUCACCUCCGGAGAAUGAACCCGUGUUUCCAGUUAAGGAAUCGAGUUUCAAAGAUGGAUUCACCGCACAAAUUGAUGCUGGCAAUACAAAAACUGGAGAAAGUGAAGCCCCGAAUCUUACCACUGACAAUAUUGAUCAACCGGAUGGCGAUUGGCAAGUUAACAAAACGCCAGCAUCGUCAUUAGAAGUCGCGAAAUCACUCAAGGCAAAAGUUUCCUCGUCUGCGACCCCGACGCUAGCUACUAAAGACGAAGAGUCCUUUCAAAAUCAAGGGACAAUAGUCAAAUCUAAAGCUAAACGGGCCCUAGUAAACAAAAACAAAGAGAACAUCUCGACAUCAAAUUUGGAAUCUAAAAAUGAGUCAAGUGAGAAAACGACAGACGUUUCAGAAACGCCAGACGCUUUAAACAAAACGACAGAAUUUGUUGAGAUCAAUGUGGGCCUAAAACCAGCUUUAGACAACGAAAGUUUGAAUUCGAAUGAAAAAAGCAUUGCACCAUCUAAUAAUCGACAGGUUCCUGCUGCUUUAAAAACAUCUGAUUUGCCAGCCAACGUUAAAGAAGACUUUUUCAAGGAGUACGAAUGUCUUCGUGACGAGAACGUACAAAUGAAGGAAGACUUGACGAAAUUACGCAAUGAAGAAGCCGGUACCAUGGUUGUAUUGCAAGAUUUGGAGGAUGCCUUUUCUCAGUUGUGUGUGAUAAAGGACAAAGCCAUGAAAGAUCUCCAGAAUGACAUCAAUCGUUUGAGCCAAGAAAAUGAAGAAUACCAAAAUGAUCUACAAUCACUGGAGCAGUCUUUCGACCAGGCGUUAAAGCGAUACACCAAAGCUAGAGACGCUAUCGGACAAUACAAAAACAACGAAGUGAUCCUAAAACAAGAACUUCAGAAGGCGCAUCAGAAAAUCGCAGAAGAGGAGAAAAUGUACGAGACUCUCAAGAGGUUUUCUGAGGAGAGAUUUACCGAGGCGGAGGAGCAGGCACAGGAGAAGGAGAGAGCGCUGAAGGGAUCCAUCACACAGCUCGAGAUGGAGUUAAAGAGACUCAAAAUGGCCAAUGAUGCCCUACAACUCUCAUACGACCAGAAGGUGAAAGACAAUAAGGAAAUGAACGAGUUGUGCGAGAAUUUGAUCAGCAAAUUGGCCGGAAGAGAAUAGAAACUAUAUGAAGUUUCGUACAAGAAAAAUGAGAUUCAGUGUUUGUUCAUCUUUGAACUUGAGGAGUUUCUCUGAUUUGCCGCUGACUUCGGAAAUUAACGAACAAUCAACCUAAAUUAUGCGGCAAUACUCCAGUUGAUUUACCCUCAAAACCGCGGCUACAAUAAUUUGUUUCAAGUUGAUGUCUGAUGUUAAAGGAGCCAAAUAAAAAAAUUCCAGUGAUCUUAAUCGCAAUGUCAAAACUUACCACGAAAUUGACGUAUUUCAGAUUUUCACCUUUUUGAUUUCUACAAUUUUGAGUGUUUGUUGUAUCCGCUCUAUUGUGAUGAAAUUUGCUUUGUUAGUCUUGCUAAUGCUGAAAAUAUUUGGAACCUAGGGCUAAAUUGAAGCAUACUAGUUUUGAAUUUUGGUAGUUGACAUCGUUUUAAAUAAAAAUCAAUUUGUCUUAUUUUCAAAUAAUUCCAACUUAUUUUUUAAUUCAAUUAUUCGACUAGA